AGUGUUAGUCUUGCUAACGUUAGAGCAGCGCGCGCGAUGGAAGUGGCAUCAGGGCGUGGGCCGGACCCCGAGGCGGAGUGGCACGAGCAGCAGGCCCGUGCGUGCCGCCCCGGCCCUGCCCGCCGAUCUCCGACAGCCCAUGGCCAUGACAGCGUCAGCGGAGGAACUGAAACGAGAGCAGCUAGCAGGAUUAAUGGUACAAUUCUGUUUCUGAUGUAAAUUGGAAAAUAAAGAGGAAAUCAAAAUAUGGCUGAUUCUGAUGUCACUACUUUGGCUGCACUCAAUUUCUACUGCCAGGAGAAGUUAUAUCGGCAUGUGCAGCGAGUGGCACUGGAGGCAAUCAAGAAGUAUGGCAGUGACCCUGUUCUCCUAUUUUUCAAAGGCUAUGGUCUCAUACUUGAAGAUCGACUAAGUGAAGGUAUGAGAGAGUUGGAGUCUAUUCGUGACAAGCCAGAGGUCAUCUUGUGUACUACUAUGGCUCUUAUGUAUGCUCACAAGAAGUCAAAGAAUGUUGAUAGAGAAGCGGUUCAAGAACUAGAUGCCAAAAUGAAAGAAGACCGUAAGAGAGCAUCUGACAAGGCUGUAUAUUUUGCUGCUCUGUUUCUAUGGCAUACUGGUCGUCAUGACAAAGCUAGAGAGUAUGUAGAUAGAUCAAUCAAGAUGGCUGGUGGAUCAUCACUUGAGGGUUCAACCCUUAGAGGUUGGAUUGAUCUCACCUCAGGCAGGGAUAACUAUCUCAAGAAGGCUGGAAAAUUCUUUGAGGAAGUGCUCAGUGCCACACCCAAAGCUAUUGAUGCUCUCAUUGGCAAGUCACGUUAUAUGAGUAUGAGACACAACUACAGUGGUGCAUUGGAUUUGAUCAACCAGGCUGUUGUAUCCUAUCCAGGCUUCAUGCCAGCUCUUAUUGAGAAAAUGAGAUUACAGCUUGCGCUACAGGAUUGGGAACAGACAGUAGAGUCUGCACAAAGAGCCCUAGUUCAAGAACCAAACUGUAUAGAAGCCCUUCGACUGAUUAUCCUUCAGAUAUUAUGCAGAGAGGGGAAUUAUGAAGAGGCUGCAGCUAAGAUUGGAGAGCUGAUUCAACUCAUUGACCGAUUUGAACCUAAGAAUGCACACAUCUACUGCCACCUGGCCAAGACAUUCAGUCGAGUGUGUUCUCGCAACCAGCAGACCCUCCUCCAGACCCUGACCAUGGUAGAGAGGGCCAUUGGUCUGGAUGGUAACAACUCAGACUUCUAUAAUGAGAGUGGUUACCAGCAGAGGAUGCAAGGAAAGAACAGAGAUGCUGUCAAGGCAUACCGUAUGGCCAUGAAGCUGGAUGAAACAAGUGUGGUCGCACUGACAGGUAUUAUCCGGUUUCAGUUGGAAGAUGGUCAGUUAGAUGAUGCAGAACAGCAGCUUGACUUCCUUGGAGAGAUUCAAGAGACUAUUGGAAAAUCAUCUGACAUCCUUUUCCUGCGAGCUAUGCUGUCUCGGAAACGUAACAAGCCUUCAGAAGAAACUGUCAACCUGCUUAAUGAAGCUAGCUCUGUCCACUUCCAAUCUCUCAAGGGUUUACCCCUUGGUGCUGACUACUUUACCCAGAUGAAUCCGGAUUUCUUGGUAGACAUGGUCAAAGAGUACCUGCUCUUUGCUCCUACUGAGCCACAAGGCCCAGGUCAACCUGCAGACCCAGCCCUUGCAAGAUGCAAUGCAGUCUUGGAUCCCAUCUGUAAGGCAGUACCUGGACUCCUGGAAGGGUUCUACCUCCAAGCUAGAGUCAAGUUCUUGUUAGGCCAAGUGGAGCAGGCCCAGACUAGUCUACAGCACUGCUUGGACCAUAAUCCAGAAUAUGCUGAUGCUCAUCUGCUCAUGGCACAGAUAUACCUACAUCUUGGCAACUACCAGAAAUCAUCUCAGUCCUUGGAAAUGGGUCUUAGCUACAACUUUGAGGUGCGUGAGAUGCCUCUAUAUCAUCUUAUCAAGGCUCGUACACAGAAGAAGAUGGGAGAGAUGGAGGAAUGUUGUAAGACCCUUCAGGCUGCCAUGGCUCUACCUGGGGUUAAAAAGAGAGCUGCAUCUGCAUCAAGGAGAGUAAAAGGUGGUCCUAUCUCAAUGACAGACAGGGUCUCUGUAUUCUUAGAGCUAGCGGAUGCUUACAGGCAGACUGGUGCAGAGCAUGAAGCAGCCAAAGUGAUGCAAGAUGCCAUCAAUGAGUUCAGCAGGACAUCAGAAGAGAUAAGGGUGACCAUCGCCAAUGCUGAUCUAUCUAUUGCAAGAGGAGAUGUCGAACAGGCGUUAUCCAUGCUAAGAAACAUCUCACCUGAACAAAGUUACUUUGUGAAAGCCAGAGAAAAGAUGGCUGAGAUUUAUCUCCACCAUCGAAAGGACAAGAGACUCUAUGCAAGCUGCUACAGAGAGUUAGCAGAGAAGCAUCCCAGUUCUCAGACAUCCCUGUUGUUGGGCGAUGCAUACAUGAGCAUCCAGGAACCAGAGAAAGCCAUUGAGAUCUAUGAGAAGGCACUCAAGAAGAAUCCCAGAGACAGUGCUUUAGCCAGUAAGAUUGGCCAGGCUAUGGUCAAGACUCACCAGUAUGGGAGGGCUAUCAAUUAUUACGAGGCAGCUCUGAAGACAGGAGGUCAAUCAUUUUUGAGACAGGAUCUUGGUGAGCUGUUGCUGAAGCUGAGGCAUUAUGAGAAGGCUGAAAAGACACUCAAGAUGGCUCUAGAACAUGAACAAUCAAAUGAGUUGACAGUGUUGAUGGACGAUGCAAAGUUGCUGGUUUUACUUGCUAAGGUUCACAGGAAAGAAAACAAACUAGAAGAUGCCAUGCUAGCUCUUACCAAGGCUAGGGACAUGCAAGCAAGGGUCCUCAAAAGGGCACAAGUUGAACAGCCUGAUGCUGUGGUAGCUCAGAAGGCAUUAGCCACAAGCAUUUGUUCACAAAUGGCAGAGCAAUGCAGCACUCAGCGAGCCUUUGACAAGGCCAUCAAGUUUUACAAGGAAGCCCUGGUAUAUUCCAGUCAGGACACCAAUGUUAUGCUGGAACUAUCCAGACUUUACCUGGCAAAAUCUGAACUAGACUCGUGUCAGCACCAGCUUGUUCAGCUGCUUCAGAUAGACAGUGAUAAUGAUUCGGCUCUUGUGAUGAUGGCUGAUUUGAUGUUCAGGAAAGGAGAAUAUGACCAAGCAAUGUUCCAUUUCCAGCAAUUGUUGGAGAGAUCUCCAGAGCACUAUGAUGCCUUGGCUAGACUAGUUGAUUUGAUGAGAAGGGCUGGUAAGCUUGAGGAAGUAUCUCAUUUCUUGGAACAAGCAGAGAAAGCCUCACCUAGAGCCCCAUUGGACCCUGGCUUCAACUACUGCAAGGGGCUCUAUGAGUGGUACAUUGGCAAUCCUAACAUAGCUCUGAAGCAUUUCAACAUGGCAAGGAAAGACAGUGACUGGGGACAGAGAGCUAUCUCUAACAUGAUUGAGAUUUGUAUCAACCCUGAUAAUGAAACCAUUGGAGGAGAAACCUUUGACAAUGUAGACCUUGAUGCCGCAUCUGCUGCUGAGAAAGCAGACUCUGAACAAGUCGCAGUCAGAACGGCAGAGAAAUUAAUCAAGGAAUUAAAACCAAAGGAAGGAAGUGAUGCCCACCUCAUCCUAGAGAUCUAUGUUCUGAUGGCAACCAAGACCAAAGCAAAUAUUGAGAAGGCUCUUUCAGCAUUCAUGGAGCUCGUCUCUAAUUCAGAGCGGGAGAAUGUACCUGCUCUUCUUGGUGUAGCUACUGCCUACAUGAUGCUGAAGCAAACACCGAGAGCAAGAAACCAACUCAAGCGUAUUGCCAAGAUGGAGUGGAAUCCAGUGGAUGCAGAGGAGUUUGAGAAGAGUUGGCUACUACUUGGUGAUGUCUACAUCAACUCUGGAAAGUUUGACAUGGCUAAUGAACUUCUCAAGAAAUGCCUGAAACACAACAUGUCUUGCUGCAAGGCUUAUGAGUACCUUGGAUUCAUCAUGGAGAAGGAACAGUCUUACCAAGAUGCAGCAAACAGCUAUGAAAAAGCCUGGAAAUUCGGAAAUCAAAAUAAUCCCAAUAUAGGUUACAAGUUAGCAUUCAACUACAUGAAGGCCAAGCGCUAUGUGGAUGCCAUUGACAUCUGUCACAAGGUGUUGGCCGUGCAUGCAGACUAUCCUAGGAUGCGUAAGGACAUCCUAGACAAGGCUAGGGCUUCUAUAAGAGCUUGAGAUUUGCAUCAGGACCUGGCCCUCAUAACACAAAGCUUACACAAAGCUGGUCCACAUGGCUGAGUUUUGUGAUUAAUUGCAUUCAUCAUUAUGUGCAAUCACUGGCACAAAUCAAUCAUAUGAGUAAUCAUGAGGCUUUGUGCCAUGUGGCCCAUGUCUCGUACAGGAGCUUUAGCCUAUGAUGGCUUUCUGGGCUUUUUUAGAUGGAUUGUAAGGGCUUCUUGGACCAUGACCAAAAUUUACCCAUGUUUUAGACAAUCCUAGAAGUCAUUUCAGGCUUUAUCUUUCAAGACACAUAACAAUGAUAGGUUGAGGCAAACAAGUUUUCAGGAAAACCUGAUAUCAGCCCUCGGAAGAAAAGUUUAGGCUAUGUUUAGGCUUUAAAAAAAGUAAUCAUAGAUGAAUUUCAAUCCCUUCAAACAUCCUGUUCUCAUUAACUUUCCUUGACCAAUUCACUCUACACUGAUCCACUAAACCAGUGUUUGGUGAUGGGGUCACUUGCUUGGCUUGAAGUUGUGCAAGUGUGAAUACUUCCAACCCACUCACCAUUGCUGCAAUGCAAUCAUUCAAUACAAUAUAUUCAGCUCAAUUCAUUUUGGUAAAUUGCCAACUCGUCAACUCAUCACAGUCAUGGUCUACCUUCAUUUUGUCUAAUGCCAUUCCGUCCAUCAACAUUUUGCUAAUAACCAUUUGGUCCAAUAACCAUUUGCUCCAAUCAUCACUUCGUGUAAUCACCAGUUCGUCUAUGACCAUUUCAUCUCAUAACCAGUUGGUCUAAUAUCCAUUUUAUUUUCAUUCAUUUUGCACAAUUAAUGCUUAGUCCAAUUGAACCAAAUGGUAUAUGGACUAAAUGGCUCUUGGACCAACUGGUUAUUAGACAAAAUGGUGAGUGGACAAAAUGGCAAUCAGACCCUGUGGAUAGUGGACAAACUGAUGGUAAAAGAGUUGGUAAUUGGACAAAUUGGCAUUAGACCAAUUGAAAAUAAACAUUCAUUUUACGGUUAUAGACUCAUGAUUCCCUGAAUCUAAUAAUCAUACAAAUAUUUUUUGUGUGUGUCUGUAAUGAGAAACCUUAUAUGCAUUUUCAACUUAUAUUAAUAUUUAUUUGUGCAUUUCACUUGAUGUGUUUACAUGGUAUUGUAUGUACACAUUAAUUGCUCUCUUUGUUGAUUAGAUUUUUUUGAAGUUUACAUUUACAGCAAUUUAAAUGCAGCUUAUGGCAGUUAGAAAAUACAGUCAUUAAAGCUUGGGGAAAAUUAGGACCAUAUAUAUUUGCUAAAUUUAAAAAUUGUGUGUGACAGAUUACUCAUAAAGAUUAAUUGAAUUGAGACAGGUAACUAUUAUCGAAGAUGAAUAUUAGUAACAAUUUUUUUAUCAUCACAUCAUUAUGAUGGAGAAGAUAUACUUACAUCUUUGUUUGUGUUGUAUGAAUUUUAUUUCUUGUGUGUAAUAAAGAUAAUGUUUAUACUUAAUUAUGUACAUGCCAACCAAAGGGCUCAUGUUUUGAUUCAUUAUUUGUAUUCUAUUAAAAAGACUGUAAAUUGUAAUAUUCACCUCUUUCACCUUGAGUAAUAUUGAUUACAGUUCUAAUGAGUAAAUCCCUUUUUUCAGCUUGAAUUUUAUAAUUGAUUGCAAAUGUGGAUUGUAUAGAAAAAGAUUUGUAUAUAUAGAUAUUUAAGUGAAAUAAAAUUUCGUAUAUGAUA